CCUGUGCGCCGCGGGCCCGGGGCGCUGAGAGGGGCGCGCAGCGGAGCUCUCAGACCCCGUACCCCGAGGCCCAGACCCCUAGGAGCGUGGGACUCACUGAGUUCCCCCACCCUGAGCGGCAGGAUCGGGGAGGGUGUCGGUGCGGAGAGCCCAGGAGGUCCCGGCCUAUAGCCGUGGGCUGUGAGAGGCUCAGCUUGGGGGGCACCGCUCUCCUCCCGGGUCCUGGCGCUGGGGACAGGGAGGCAAAACCUUGGCCAGGAAAUCGGCUCAAGCCAGGAAGCCCCUCUGGGAGCCUCUCCCGAGCCAUGGACAACCCCAGUCUUCCAGAUCUCCGACAGCCUCUGCUGGUGGGUGUAGGCGGUGAGCCCCCUGUCCAGAAGCCUGGCGAGCCUGAGCCAGGGCCUCCCUUUCGAGAGACAGCCUUUGCAGAAUCACUGAGGGGUUGGCAGUUCCUGCCACCAUCUCUUCCUUCUGUGAGUGCUGUACUGGGGGAGCCAGGGCUCCCCGACCUUGAGGAUGUGUCAUCCAGUGACAGUGACUCGGACUGGGAUGGGGGCGGCCUUCUCUCCCCACUCCUACCCCACGACCACCUUGGCUUGGCUCUCUUCUCCAUGCUGUGCUGUUUCUGGCCCGUGGGCAUUGCCGCCUUCUGCCUGGCCCAGAAGACCAACAAGGCUUGGGCCAAGGGGGACGUCCAGGGGGCAGGGGCCGCCUCCCGCCGCGCCUUCCUGCUGGGGGUCCUGGCCGUCGGGCUGGGCGUGUGCACGUACGCGGCCGCCCUGGUUACCCUGGCCGCCUACCUCGCCUCCCGGGACCCGCCCUAGCUGCCCCUGCGGUCCCCACUGUGAACCCAGGGGCCGGCCGCCCAGCGCGUCCGCGGUCGGAGUGGAGAAUCCAGGUGGAUGAGGCGGCGGCGGCGGCGGCAGCAGCGUCCAAAAACGGGGAGUGAGUCGGUUCUCCCCCUCCCCCGCACCCCCCUUCCUGGAGGCCGCAAACAGCGAUUAAACACCAGACACUCCUGCCGCCAAACCUGUGUCUGUCUCUGUGGGAAGGCGGAAGGGACGGGCCGGAGUGACAGGGUGCCCCCCGGGGUGCUUCCGGACACCUCAGAGCCAGUGAAGAGGGAAUCCGAGGAAGCUCGGCGGGCUUCCAAAUUGCAGAAUAUUCUCUUCACAACGUGGGUGAUAGGUAGAGAAUUAGAGAAAGCCAGGUUCCAAGGCCUUCCUCCUCCAAGUUCACUGUGUAACCUCUGCCCAUGUACCUUCUGAGCCUCACUUUUCCUCAUCUGCAAAAUGGGACUAAUUUCUCCCACACCUGGAGCAGUUCUGAAGACUAAAUGAAUCAUACAGUGUAAACA